AUCGUCCUUGAGUUGCAGCCACUCGCCCAACGCUGCAGCCAGCCUACUGCAGGUCGGGGGUGCACAUCCUCACCUCCUCGCUGAAAUUUGUGUGUCACAUGUUUGUUGUCUUUGCAAAAUGGAUCUGAGGGACGAUUCAGCUGAGCGAACGCCGUUACUGCAGGAGCAAUCCGAUUCAUCGUUCCCCAGCUACAACGUCCAAGCUAGGGAUGAACUGCCACCACCUUACAGUCCUCAGUAUGCCACCCAGGGGAACAUUGUCCCAUGCAGAGUCUGCGGCUAUGUCAUUGACAUCACCAAUCGACGAGACCAACAUGUGGUCAAAUGUUCUCGCUGUAAUGAGGCUACGCCAAUUCGCCAUGCACCUCAUGGCAAAAAGUAUGUGCGUUGCCCAUGUAACUGCUUACUGAUAUGCAAUGUGACAUCACAAAGGAUAGGCUGCCCGAGGGCCAAUUGCCAUCGAAUCAUCAACUUGGCUCCCAGUACGACCAACAUUCCUCCUGCCUCUGUGCCUGGACUUUGUCGAGUAUCUUGCGUGCAUUGCCAGCAAACUUUUUUGUUCAACACAUUGAACAAUGCUCUGUCUCGAUGCCCGCACUGCAGAAAAGUAUCAUCUGUAGGGCCCCAGUUUGCCCGCACAAGAGGAAUUUUGUCACUUAUUUUGGCUCUGGUUAUAUUAGCCAUUACACUUGGAAUCACACUUGGGACAUACCAGUAUGCUGUUGAAAAGAAGGGUAUUUACGUUGUCUAUGCUUGUGGUCUGAUUGCAUUCCUCCUAUUCCUGCUGCGCUCCCUGUAUUACCUCACCAUGAGGGUGUCUCAUAUUGAAGAGCCUGCGUGAAGUUUGAGUAAUUGUGGUGUCAAUGACAAGGCAUUCGAAGCCUUUUGAAAGUGGCUGCACCUUAUGCUUUCGUAUAUUCCUCCAAUAGCCCCUUCAUCCAGGUCUGAAAGCUGGAAGAAUUUUGACACUUCCUUUCUUGUCAUUUUUCUUUGUGUGUGCUGCAAUUGUGUACAUAACAACAUUUGUCUUUUUUAAGCAGUGGUGAGGUAGCUCUGUGGUGGUCCUGUUUUAGUUCUCGCAGAAGCUCCAGAUUGAAUGUGUGUUUGUGUUGUGACAUGUACUGCCUUUUUCUAUGUAAAAUUUGCUUUGAUAUUAAUUUUUUGACUGAUUGUUUAAUGGGAAACAACAGCACUGAAUGUUUCCCGAUUCUCUAGUACAGGCAUGGAUGUGACCAUGUUAUAUUUUGCUUCCUUUGACAGAGUGCUACAAUAUAUUUUAGCUUGGUGCAAUGCAAACCAGUAAAUAGUGGCAUGGGUACAUGUGUUGAUGUGUACGCAUCAACUUUAGUAUAUCAUGGCCCAUUUAUUAAAAAUUGUACAGGAUAUUACACUCGGCCUGUCUAAUGCUUCAGGCUUAACUUUCCGUUACCAAGAAACUAGCGAGCUAGUAGGCCGAUUUUGCGGAGGUUGCUUUUUCCGAAAAAAAAAGUAUUCAUUUCUGUUGUCCUUGUGUGCCUUUUCAAUGCUUUUAUUGACUUUAAACAGGCCUUGUAACUUUCUAGCCAUAGGUUGUUCAAAAGCAGUGUUGUUGGUACAGGAUGAAGGGAAACAUAAUUUUUCUAUUUGUUAAUCAAGAUUGUCUUGGGAGGCCAGUAUGUUAAGGAACAAAUAUGCCUCUCUGUUUGACAAAUUGUAUGAGUUUUAAUUAUUUUAAAUACUGCUGUGUAGCAUAAAGAGAGUCAUUUGCAUGCAUUGAGUAGCUAUAUUGUACUCAGUCACAUUUUUUAGACUGUAUCUAGUUUACAUGACGUGACCACAGCACUUGGGUUCAGAAAUUUGGAACUGUAGUCAGUCAUGUUUUAUGUAGUUUCUUUUUUCUUUCCUACUGUGUUAUGGCUGUUAAUGGAACACCGAACCAGUGUUUGGGCUGUGUGCGUAAAAAAAAAAAAGAACGAAUGAUGCCUUGAAACUGGUGCUAUGCAGAGUGAGAGACUGUCUUACUAGGGUAUCAUGAAUGUUGGCUGAUUGUUGCACAUGUGAGGAAUGCUCUAUAUUGUGUAGUGAGGACUGCAUGGUUUGUUGACAGCUUCUGUGUGAAAGGCAUGGCUAAAGUACCUGUCGAGAAAAUAGACGAAGAUCCUGUGCACCUGUACCUCUAGCUCAUCAAAGUACAGUUGCAAAAAAGCCGUUGUGGUUAGAUUAUUGUUGACGAAAGAUUGACGGUCCUAUUCAAAAGAGACUGUUCCAUCACCAUUUCAUAAUGCACCUGGAUACCCAGAUUCACGUGUAGUAGAGGUGUUCCAGCCAUGAAUUUAUUUAGAGCUUUUUGGAAGUGCUUUAUUUUUGCAUGUCAAAAAAAUGUUUUGUUGUUUAUGAGAAGAUACAUGCUUUUUAGUGCUUAUUUUCUGCUGUAUUGGAAUAGUACAUAUUUUUAAAUAAAUUUUGUCGAGGCUGAGCACUCUGCUGAAGUUAGAGCA